CAAGACUUGCCCGGGAAUUUUAGUGAGACUAGUGAAGAACCGAAAAAUCCUCUAAAACAAAAAUCUUCCAUUUGACAAUCCAUCUCUCGCUUCUCUCUAACUCUUGCAUUCUCCCGCCUUCAUUACUUCAUUUCUCUCUCCAAAUCCCGCCAAUAUUUCUCACCACGCACUACUACUGCAACUAGUAAGCAUACUUGAAACCCUAGAAACUCAGGUUUAUCUCUUCCGCAGUAGGUUGCGGUAGUUUAUGUUCUGUAGUUAUGCAUAUUAAGCAGGUUGUUAUUGAAGGAUUUAAGAGUUAUAAAGAACAAGUAGCUACUGAAACAUUCAGUUCAAAGGUCAAUUGUGUUGUUGGUGCUAAUGGUUCUGGCAAGUCAAACUUUUUUCAUGCUAUCCGAUUUGUGCUAAGUGAUCUUUUCCAAAACCUUCGUAGUGAGGAUAGGCAUGCUUUACUUCAUGAAGGAGCAGGAAAUCAGGUUUUGUCUGCAUUUGUGGAGAUCGUGUUUGAUAAUUCAGACAACCGAAUCCCGGUUGAUAAAGAAGAAGUUCGGUUGAGGCGUACAAUUGGGCUAAAAAAGGAUGAAUAUUUUUUGGAUGGAAAGCAUAUCACGAAAACGGAGGUCAUGAACCUUCUAGAAAGUGCAGGCUUUUCUCGUUCAAAUCCUUACUAUGUUGUACAGCAAGGAAAGAUUGCGUCAUUGACUCUUAUGAAGGAUUCUGAACGACUAGAUCUGCUCAAAGAAAUUGGAGGUACUCGGGUUUAUGAGGAGAGGCGACGUGAGAGUUUGAAGAUUAUGCAAGAAACUGGAAAUAAACGAAAACAGAUAAUUGAAGUAGUGAAAUAUUUGGAUGAGCGGUUGAAGGAGCUGGAUGAGGAAAAGGAGGAUCUGAGAAAAUAUCAGCAGCUUGACAAGCAAAGGAAAUCCCUGGAGUAUACUAUCUACGAAAAGGAACUCCAGGAUGCUAGACAGAAGUUAGCGAAGGUUGAAGAAGAGCGAGACAAAGCUUCCGAGAAGUCGACAGCAAUGUAUGAUGAGAUUCUUAAGUCUGAGGAGAAAAGCAAGGUCUUGGACAAGGACUACAAAAGGCUUACCAAAGAGUUGCAAGUGUUGAGCAAAGAGAAAAUUGCUGUUGAGAAACGCCGUGAAGAAGCAAUAAAGAGGAAGACAAAGCUAGAGCUUGAUUGCAGAGAUUUGAAAGAGAGAAUUUCCGGAAGCUCACGUGCCAAGAAUGGUGCUGCCAAACUGCUUGAGGCUGUAAAGCAGGAAAUCUUGGAAUCAAGACAUGAACUUGACAAUAUUAAGCCUUAUUUUGAUGAUCUGAAGAUGCAGGAGGAUGUGAUGACAAAAGGGAUAAUGGAACGUGAAAAGAAGCUCAGUCUUCUUUAUCAGAAACAAGGUCGGGCUACUCAAUUUUCUAGUAAAGCUGACCGAGAUAAAUGGCUUCAAAAAGAAAUUGAUGAACUUGAGCGGGUUCUUGCUUCAAAUAUGUCACAAGAGCAGAAACUGCAGGGUGAAAUUGAAAAUCUUAAUGCUCAGCUCAGGGAGAGAGAUGAGUUUAUUCAAUCCCGAAAAGCAAUUUUGGCAUCACUUGAAAACAAUAUCAGCCAGUCAAACGAGGGGUUUAUCACAUUGAAGGGAGUAAGAGACAAGCUACAAGAUGAGCGGAAGUCCUUAUGGGAGCGAGAAAAUGAAUUGUCGUCUGAGAUAGAAAAGUUAAAGUCUGAAGUAGUAAAGGCAGAGAAAAACCUUGAUCAUGCAACUCCUGGUGAUAUUAGAAGAGGACUGGCCUCUGUUAGAAGAAUAGCUGAGCAAUACAGAAUUCAGGGUGUAUAUGGGUCAGUUAUUGAAUUGUUGGACUGUGAUGAGAGGUUUUUUACCGCUGUUGAAGUUACUGCUGGAAAUAGCUUAUUCCAUGUGGUGGUUGAUACAGAUGAAACAGCGACUCAGAUUAUCAGACAUCUCAAUGCAUCAAAGGGAGGACGAGUGACAUUUAUACCUCUGAACAAGGUCAAGCCUGCUCAUAUCAAUUGUCCACAAAGUGAUGAUGUAGUACCUUUGUUGAAGAAACUUAAGUUCCAAGAGAUGUAUACUAAAGCAUUUUCCCAGGUAUUUGGGAGAACCGUGGUUUGCCGGAAUCUGGAUGUGGCAGCAAGGGUUGCCCGUGCUGAUGGUUUAGACUGCAUUACUCUGGAAGGUGACCAAGUAAGCAAGAAAGGUGGGAUGACGGGGGGAUUUUAUGAUUAUAGGAGGUCAAAAUUGAAGUUUAUGAAUAUAGUUAAGCAGAAUACAAAGGUUAUCAAUCUGAAAGAGGAGGAAUUGGCAGAAGUUAGGUUCCAGCUUCAAGAUAUAGAUCAUAAAAUUACUGAGAAAGUUACAGAGCAGCAGAAAAUAGAUGCUGAUCGUGCUCAUCAAAGAUCUGAAAUGGAACAGCUUCGUCAGGAUAUUGCUGAUGCUAACAAGCAAAAGAGAUCACUAUCUACUGCUCUGGAAAAGAAGGAAAAAUUGCUUGCGAAUGUACGCACACAGAUCGAGCAACUUAAUGGUAAUAUAUCCCUGAAACGGGCUGAGAUGGGUACUGAUCUUGUUGAUCACUUGACUCCUGAGGAAAGGAAUCUACUGUCUCGAUUAAACCCAGAGAUCAAGGAAAUGAAGGAAAAUCUCAUGGAAUGCCGGACUAAGCUUGUCGAGAUAGAAACGAAAAAAUUGGAGCUUGAAACCAAUCUUUCCACAAAUUUAUUACGUCGCCAACAAGAGUUGGAGGCUGUUAUAUCGUCUGCGGAAAAUGAAAAGUUGCCUGCUGAAGCAGAGUUAAAACAGAAUGAAGUGGAUGAAGCUAAAUCUUUGGUGGAACAGGCAACAGAAGAACUCAGAAGAGUUUCUGGGUCAAUGGAAAACAUAACAAAGGAGCUCAAGAAAAUUAAACUUGAAAAUGAUAAAUUGCAGAAAUUGAGAGAUGACUAUGAGAAGCAGCUUCAGAAGGAAGCAGAAGAACUAGAGCAUUUAAUAAGCAACAAAAAUAUGCUUCUUGCUAGACAGGAGGAAUACUCAAAGAAAAUCAGAGAAUUGGGUCUUUUGCCAUCCGAUGCUUUUGAAACAUAUAGACGGAAAGGCACUAAAGAAUUGCAUAAGAUGCUUCAUAAGUGUAAUGAACAGCUCCAACAGUUUAGCCACGUCAACAAAAAGGCUCUCGAUCAGUAUGUAAACUUUACAGAGCAACGAGAAGCGCUCCAGUUAAGGCAAGGUGAACUUGAUGCUGGUGAUGAGAAAAUUAAAGAACUAAUCGAGGUUCUAGAUCAACGGAAAGAUGAGUCAAUAGAGCGUACUUUCAAGGGUGUUGCGCGAAACUUUAGAGAAGUUUUCUCUGAACUUGUGCAAGGAGGUCACGGAUUCUUGGUUAUGAUGAAGAAAAAGGAUGGUGACAUUGGGGAUGAUGAUCAAGAUGAAGACAGGCCUCGUGAAACAGAUACUGAGGGAAGGGUUGAGAAAUAUAUUGGAGUGAAAGUAAAGGUAUCAUUUACUGGGCAAGGGGAUACACAAUCUAUGAAGCAGUUAUCUGGGGGUCAGAAAACCGUUGUAGCAUUGGCAUUGAUCUUUGCUAUACAGCGAUGUGACCCAGCUCCGUUUUAUCUUUUUGAUGAAAUAGAUGCAGCACUGGAUCCUCAGUACAGAACUGCUGUUGGGAAUAUGAUACGUAGGUUGGCAGACCAGGCAAAUACACAAUUUAUAACUACAACAUUUCGACCUGAGCUUGUUAAGGUUGCUGACAAGAUUUACGGAGUGACACACCAUAAACGAGUUAGUCGGGUGAAUGUUGUGUCCAAAGACGAGGCUUUACAAUUUAUUGAACGAGACCAAACUCAAAAUGCUGAUCAAUAAGGUAACAAUCAAGCUGCAUUUUCUGUUGACAUGAAUCUAUGGACGUUUUCGUGAAUCCUGUACAUUGCUGGUCAAUUUAGGCCAGACACCUCUGCUGUACAUAUAACUUAGAUGAUAUUGUUAACCUUUUAAGUCCGGUUGUCUACGAAACAAAUUGGCAAACAAUUUCAUUGUACUGCUGUUAUAUCAAAAUGUUCUGAAUUUUAAUAGAUAUAGGUUUUAGUCGUAAUCAAAACCAGCUUUUGAUGUGGUGUUUAAGAGUUUUUCGUUUGUAAUCAGACAUAACUAUUAUUUCUCUUUGUAAAAUUAUACUGCACUUAUGAGGUACAUUUUCAUUCUUAAAUAGUUUGCUCGGUUAAUCUAUGGUCUUGAAUGAUUUGGGUCGGCAAGAA